AUGUCAGAGACGGCAAAGAUAGAUCACGAGAUGACUGAGCAUAACGGCGUGAACAUCGCAAGCAAUGGUGCGCCGUUGAGUCGCCAGGUCACUGUCGCUCUCUCGCCCGAGCAGUACGAGCGUCUCUUCUUCCAGCCUUCCGCACCCCGUCGCGGAGAUCUCGCAAAGCGGUUCGCCAACCCAACGCUGCUUGGGCUCAUCGGAUUUUUGGUUCCAUACACUUCAACUAUCCUCAUUUUGUGCGGGUUCCAAGGAGCCGUCGCGCCGCAGAGCUUGGUCGGCAUCAGCGCCGACUACUACUUUUUUGGAGCGUUAGCCAUGAAUCUCGCUGGCAUCGCCGAGUUUAUCCUGGGUAACACGUUUCCCUUCGCGGUCUUCAUCAUCUAUGGUAGCCAUUGGGGCAGUUUGGCGUACCAGCAAGACCCCAUACACCAGACGACUUCCGCCUUCGGUGAGCUCGGUGGCGCGGAAGGCGCAGCCUACAAUGCGUCUCAAGGCUUCCAUAACGUUUCCAUGGUGCUCGCCAGCUUCGUCUUCUUGAUCGGUACCCUUCGCGUCAAUCUCUUCUUCACAUUUACGUUCUUCGGGCUCGUCAUGCUUUUCGGCUUCAUCGCUGCCGCCGACUUCUCCAUUGCCUCCGCCACGACUGAAGCCGAUCUUGAACACAUCAACACGUUGUUGCGAUGCGCAGGAGGAUUCGGGUUUCUAGGCUUGAUCUCUGGCUGGUACCUCGCCAUUCUUACCGCUUGCGAAGCCGUGGGAAUCCCAUGCCCGCUGCCCGUCUUCGAUUUGAGCACCAAAGUCUUCCCGGACAAGCCCAAGAACAGCCAAGCUAGUUAA